UUUUUCUGGAAUCUUCAGCAAACGUAAGUUGUUUACACACAAAGCCCAAUAUAGAGUCCACAGUUCUCAGCACGUGACUUGGCCCUGAUAAAUAAAGUGUUGCUCCUUGUGCCCAGAGUGUCAGUGCCUACUAAUCUCCCCCAUUGCUGACAAAAGCAAACCAACCCAAUCCGCUCAGGCAAGUAUAGCACCUGCAGAAAGCACAGCUAGCUAUCUACCCAUAUCCGUCUGUCUAUUUAGAAAGCUUGACAAUGGGUGAAGGAGAUUUGAGCUAUAACCCUCUCUAACCUAAUUAGUUGGGCAAUACACAUCCUGGGUACAAAUACCAUCUCCUUCCCACAGGUCACUGCUCUCUCUGUCCUCAAGCCACAGACCUCACAAAUUAGUCGAAUCAUCACUGCCAGUCUCUAAACAACAAUGAGCCCCAAACAGAUCGUCUUCAAGAAAAUAUCCAAGGACAAGUCGGUUGGUGUGUAUAUGGGGAAGAGAGACUUUGUUGACCAUGUUGACUCAGUGGAUCCAGUGGAUGGUGUCCUUCUUGUUGACCCUGAACAGCUGAAGGGGAAAAAAGCGUAUGCCACCUUGUCCUGCACGUUUCGAUACGGACGUGAUGACAUGGACGUGGUGGGUAUCUCAUUCAGACGUGAGAUCUAUCUGGCCACCCGGCAAAUCUACCCCCCACUGCAGGACAAAGAGCAGUGCAUUCUCACCAAGGUCCAGGAUAAACUACUGCGCAAACUGGGUGACAAUGCCUACCCGUUUUUCUUUGAAUUCCCUGAUAACUUGCCCUGUUCGGUAGGAAUACAGCCAGGCCCAAAAGAUGUCGGAAAGCACUGUGCUGUUGAGUUUGAAGUGAAAGCCUUCUGUGCUGAGAGCCAGGAUGCAAAAGUUCGCAAACGGAGCUCAGUACGUUUGAUGAUUCGUAAGGUCCAGUAUGCUCCAGAGAAGCUAGGACCAGCUCCCUGUGUGGAGACCACCCGUGACUUUCUCAUGUCUGAUAAACCACUGCAUAUGGAGGCAAGAUUAGAAAAACAGACUUACUAUCAUGGGGAACCCAUCAACUUAAGCAUCAAAAUCAAUAAUGACUCCAACAAAAAUGUGAGAAACAUCAUUAUUUCUGUGGAACAAAUUGCCAAUGUGGUGUUGUACUCCAAUGACAGUUAUAAUGAGACAGUGGCCAUAGAGGACUCUGGGGACUCUGUUGAAUCAGGUGCCAAACUGGACAAAGUCUACACCUUGCUUCCCCUACUGGCCAAUAAUAGACAAAAGCGAGGCAUAGCACUGGAUGGAAAAUUGAAGCAUGAAGACACCAAUCUAGCCUCUUCAAGCAUGAUCAAAGAGGGCGUCCUGAAGGAAGUUCUGGGAAUCUUGGUAUCUUACAGAAUUGUUGUGAAGCUUAUUGUUGGGGGGAUUAUGGGAUCCAGUGAGGUUGGGGUGGAGCUCCCUUUCCAGCUUAUGCACCCGAAGCCUGACACAGUGAGAGAAAGCGAACUGGAGGAUGAAGUGGUAUUUGAGGAGUUUAAGCGUACCAACUUGAAAGGCAUGGCCGAGGAUGAGGAUGAGGGAAACGUAUCACCUGCCGAGCAUUGAGGAAUGCAUGUAGAAGUCAACCAGUUUUUGAAGCAUUCCUCUUUACAGUAGGACAUAUUUAAAGCUAUUUAACCACAUAGAGAGCAUUACUGCAACUGAGCUCUUAUAAGCAGAUAAAACUACUGUCAAUUUUAUCAAAUUCCAAAUCUAGUUCUUUAGAGAUCAUCCAUACCUCGCUGUGACCAUUCUUCAGCUGUCUAAUGUCUGUGAGGAUCUCUGGAUGUGGGUCAUGUAAUUGAAAAUGAAUAGAGAGCUUUGUUUCACCAAUUUUAUGGUAGUGGGAUCACUGCUGUUUUGCAACUGCUUUAUCAUUUUAGUGUAUAUUUUUAGUCAUUUGGAAGAUAUUAUUGUGCUGGAAUGUGGUGACUACACAAUAAUAGUUUAUAAAAAGUAAAACUAGUAAAGUCUUAGAUGUGUUUUUAGUUGUAACACACUUUGUGAAAUAAAGCAACAUGCUGUUGUAAGUAAAUGUAUUGUUAUAAAAUAUAGUAUUAUAAUAAGAUGUUGUACUGUAGCUGAAUGUACAUGUCUAUUGUACAAACACCACAAAGGUUUGGACAUAAAAAGUUUUUUUUUUUUUAAAUAAAAUAACAGUGUUCAUACAAAUUCAA